AUGACCGAGGCCGAGGGAGUGCACCGACCUGUUACCUCCGUGACGCAAAAGGAGGAUCCAGCCAAAAAGGAAGCGACCCUGCCGAAGACGACCCGGAUGAGGAAGGCUUCAGAUGAAGCGGCAGAAGACGCCGAUGUGGACGUUCCGUGCACCAGCGAGCCACUUUCCAGGAAGGCGCAGAGGCUGGCUCCGAUGCCACUCAUCAUGCCGGCGUUCCCAUACUGCCCCUCAAGCUUGUGCCACUGCUCGCGCCUCCUUCGCCUUGUUCCACAGCUGGCUCCGAUGCCAAUCAUCAUGCCGGCGUUCCCAUUACUGCCCCUCACACUCCUGCCACUGCAAGCGCCUCCUUCGUCUUGUUCCACAGCUGGCUCUAAUGCCACUCAUCAUGCCGGCGUUCCCAUGAUGCCCCUCACGCUUGUGCCAAUGCUCGCGCCUCCUCCGUCUUGUUCCACAGCUGGCUCCAAUGCAUUCCAACAUCCCGGCGUUCCCAUACUUCCCCUCGCGCUUGUGCCACUGCUCACGCCUCCUUUGUCUGCUUACACAGCUGGCUCCGAUGCCACUCAUGAUACCGGCGUUCCCAUACUGCCCCUCACGCUUCUGCCACUGCUCGCGCCUCCUUCGUCUGGUUCUACAGCUGGCUCCGAUGCCACUCAUCAUACCGGCGUACCCAUACUCACCUUCGCACUCGUGCCACUCCUAGUGCCACCUUCGUCUUGUUCCACAGCUGGCUCCGAUGCCACUCAUAAUGCCGGCGUUCCCAUACUGCCCCUCGCGCUUGUGCCACUGCUCGUGCCUCCUUCGUCUUAUUCCAGAGCUGGCUCAAAUGCCACUCACCAUGCCGGCGUUCCCAUACUGCCCCUCGCACUCGUGCCACUGCACGCGCCUGCUUCGUCUUCUUCGACAGCUGGCUGCGCUGCCGCUUAUCAUGCCAGCGUUCCCAUACUGCCCCUCACGCUUUUGCUACGGCUCGCGCCUCCUUCGUCUUGUUCCACAGCUGGCUCCGCUGCCACUCAUCAUGCCAGCGUUCGCAUACUGCCCCUCACGCUUGUGCCACUGCUCGCGCCUCCUUCGUCUUGUUCCACAGCUGGCUCCGCUGCCACUCAUCAUGCCAGCGUUCCCAUACUGCCCCUCAUGCUUGUGCCACUGCACGCGCCUCCUUCGUCUUCUUCGACAGCUGGCUGCGCUGCCGCUUAUCAUGCCAGCGUUCCCAUACUGCCCCUCACGCUUGUGCUACUGCUCGCGCCUCCUUCGUCUUGUUCCACAGCUGGCUACGAUGCCACUCAUGAUACCGACGUUCCCAUACUGCCCCUCGCACUCGUGCCACUGCUCGCGCCUCCUUCAGCUGGCUCAAAUGCCACUCACCAUGCCGGCGUUCCCAUACUGCCCCUCGCACUCGUGCCACUGCUCGAGCCUCCUUCGUCUUGUUCCACAGCUGCUGGCUCCUCUGCCACUCAUCAUGCCAGCGUUCCCAUACUGCCCCUCACGCUUGUGCCAAUGCACGCGCCUCCUUCGUCUUCUUCGACAGCUGGCUCCGCUGCCACUCAUCAUGCCGGCGUUCCCAUAGUGCCCCUCGCACCCGUGCCACUGCUCGCGCCUCCUUCGUCUUCUUCCACUGCUGGCUCCUCUGCCACUCAUCAUGCCUGCGUUCCCAUACUGCUCCUCGCACUCGAGCCACGGCUCGUGCUUCCUUCGUCUUGUUCUACAGCCGGCUCCGAUGCAACUCAUCCUACCAGCGUUCCCAUGCUGCCCCUCACCCUUGUGCCACUGCUCGCGCCUCCUUCGUCUUCUUCGACAGCUGGCUCCGCUGCCACUCAUCAUGCCAGCGUUCCCAUACUGCCCCUCACGCUUGUGCCACUGCUCGUGCCUACUUCGUCUUGUUCCACAGCUGGCUCCAUUGCCACUCAUCAUGCCGGCGUUCCAAUACUGCCCCUCGCACUCAUGCCACUGCUCGUGCAUCACUCGUCUUGA